AAAUGUCAUGUUUGUUGUCUCCAUUAUUUACGUUUGUGCUCUAAAUACUUAAUUAAGUUCCAUUUGAAUUGUUUCAUAAUGAGUGACUUGGUUUUGUACAGUUAACUGGUGUUAAUUAAUUGUGGCAGGUUUUAAGGUUAUGAUUUGUUAUAUUUGUGACUAUUUUUAAACAAUGGAUCAGCAGAAAUCUGAGAUUACGGAACAGUUGAGUCAACUUAAAGUACAAGAGAUGGUGCACCCCCUUCAAAGCAAUAAUAAUGAAACUGGGGAUUGUGAGACAGCCGAGGAGGCUAUCACAACUGACUCUGAGGAUUAUUUAUCCGAGCCUUUGAGGUAUCGUAACUUCCAAUAUUCCACGACUUCCAAUGAUUCCAAUUCAACUUUGGUUGAAGAAAAUUCGAUUCCUGAAGAAAACGCCAAUUUUUUUUCAUGUAACGGUGACAAUUUUACUAAUAUACAAAUUCCGAUUGUUGGGUACGAGAUUAUGGAAGAAAGGGCGCGGUUUACUGUUUACAAGUUAAGAAUUGAAAAUAAAAUAACUGGCGACUGUUGGUACGUUUUCCGGCGUUACACCGACUUUGUAAGGCUGUGCAAUAGAAUACGCAGUUCCCACCCCCACAUCGUUCAACUCCUUCCGCGAAAACGGUGGUUGAAAAACAAUUUUGAUCCCAUAUUUCUUGAGGAAAGAGUCAGUGGUUUGCAAACUUUGGUUAAUGCAAUACUCGCUGAACCAUCACUGAUUACGACACAGGAAAUACAAGAUUUCUUUUGUCUGAAUGAACCUCCGAUUUAUUCUGAGACUAAUGAGGAAUCUAGAGCAAUUUUUGAAGCGUUGGAAGAGACAAUUAAUGAUUUAAAAGUACAAUUGAGGGAAAAAGACGCGACUAUAGACUCGUUGCAGGAUUCGUUGCAUUCGAAGACGUUAGAAGCCGAUAAUUUACUGAAAAUAAUUAAGAACUCGAUAAUGAAUUGUCAAAAGUGUCAGAAAGAGUGCGAAAAUUUUACCAAACUCAUUAAAUGACAAAGGGUUUUUAUUGGUAUUUUAGUGAUGCAUUAACGCUCCAACACACACUGUAUUAUUAAAUUAUUGUUAACUAAGUUAAUGUGCAGCUUUUAUAAAAUAAAUUCUAACAAGUU